GUGCAUCUUGCCUGCUGGCCAGACACGCAGUCGAGCAUGGACACCGAAACGAUCACAGAUCUGGUGGAGGAUCUUGCCGGCGACAUUGACGCCCUCGAAGAAGCACUCGCGCCACUCAUAAGCGAAGCGCUCGCAGCCAGCACGAGCAAGCUCCCGCUUCUCGACAAAGCCAAACUUUACGUCCUGGCAACCUACGCAAUCGAAUCGAUCCUUUUCUCAUACCUUCGACUCAAUGGCGUUCAGGCGAAAGAGCAUCCUAUCUUCCGCGAACUCACCCGCGUGAAGGAAUACUUUGGCAAGAUCAAAGCAGCGGAAGGAAUCAGUGUUGAUGGUAACGCGUCUGGCGCACGACUCGAUAAGACCGCUGCAGACCGUGUGAUCAAAGCUGGUCUGUCCGGAAAUGCGCGGCAUGAUCAGGCGAGGCUAGCUAGAGAGACUGCGGGUGCAAAGCGGCGAUUAGAAGACAUGGGCGCGGUGGUGUCAAUGACUAUCACAUCAUCGUCACGCAUGCAGCCUUAGAAGAUUCGAACUUCACGAAAGAAGACCUGCAAAAUGGAGGCGGCGAAGGAAAAUCUUUGAGGUAGAAGAGGGUUCGGAGAAGAGGGAUGAGGGAGUUACGACUGUGCCGCCUUUUCAUGUGAAUAGGUGAAAUGCAGCGUCAGGGGAGGUUGUGGGGGCUGAUGGGAACCACUGGGCGUUUCGGUGAUGCACAGCGGAAAAUUGAGACAUGUUAUAGUGGCAGAAAUGAUGGCAUUGCUCUAUGCAUUCGGAGGGAGUUCUCUUCCUUCCAGCUGCUGACUAAACUUCAAUAACAAGUCAAUGCCGCUUCUCUGGAUCAUGUCGAGGACAUUUCAAGUAUCGAAAGUCCUCUGACAGGGGUGCGUCUAGAUCAGCGCCGGUCAAGA